UAGGAAGCAUCGGAAUAAAACCCCAACCAACAAAUCUCAAACCAUUUCCCCCUUUUUCCUGACCCAAGAGAGACUCGGAUCCGACCCGAAUCUGAAAUGUCUCUCCUUCUCCUCCUCAUCCUCUCCUCCGCCGCCCUCUCCGCCGCCGAGAUCCGCUCCACCGACACCCGAUCCGACUCCCGCCCCUUAAUCCUCCUCGACGAGUUCGGCUUCACCCACCGCGGCCAGCUCGAGCUCAACGUCACCAACCUCUCCCUCUCCGGCUCCGCACCCGACCCGCCCGAGCUCUCCAAACUCGGAUUCUUCCUCUGCACCAUCGACGCCUGGGCGCACGUCCUCCAGCAAAUCGACGAUGCGCAGAUCAAUUGCGUCCUCCAAUCCGACGCCAUCAAGCGCGUCUUCGCCUUCGAUCAACUCCCCCACCCCUCCGCCUCCGCCUUCAAUUUCUCCUACGCCGAGUCCUCCGCCGAUCAGUACACUCUCAUCUUCGCCAAUUGCCUCCCGCAGCUCAAGGUCUCCAUGAACGUCCGCUCCGCGAUGUACAACCUGGAAGGCGGAAGGUCCAACCGCCGCGAUUAUCUCUCCGCUGGUAAAACAAUUCUACCUAGGGUUUACUUCCUGCUCUCCAUCAUCUAUUUCAUUAUGACCGCCUUUUGGAUCAAUGUCUUGUACAAGAAGAGACCGACUGUUUUUGGAAUCCAUUUCUUUAUGUUGGCUGUGGUAUUGCUCAAAGCACUGAAUCUAUUGUGUGAGGCCGAAGAUAAAUCGUAUAUUAAGCGCACUGGAUCUGCACACGGUUGGGAUGUGCUGUUUUACAUAUUCAGUUUCUUGAAGGGCAUCACUUUGUUCACCUUGAUCGUCUUGAUCGGAACGGGAUGGUCAUUCCUGAAGCCGUAUUUGCACGAUAAGGAGAAGAAGGUUUUGAUGAUCGUGAUUCCUCUUCAGGUUAUCGCGAAUAUAGCUCAGGUUGUGAUUGAUGAGACAGGGCCCUUCGGGCAGGAUUGGAUCGCUUGGAAGCAGGUGUUCUUGCUCGUGGAUGUCGUCUGCUGCUGUGCCGUGCUUUUCCCCAUUGUUUGGUCGAUUAAGAACUUGCGCGAAGCAGCCAAGACUGAUGGCAAGGCUGCGGUCAAUUUGAUGAAGCUCACUCUGUUUAGGCAGUAUUACAUUGUGGUCAUAUGCUACAUUUACUUCACUCGGGUUGUGGUCUAUGGUCUCGAAACUAUUACUUCGUAUAAGUACUUCUGGACUAGCGUGGUUGCCGCAGAGUUGGCUACCUUGGCAUUCUAUGCGUUCACAGGGUACAAGUUCAGGCCCGAGGUCCACAAUCCUUACUUUGUGAUUGAUGAUGAAGAGGAAGAGGCUGCUGCUGAGCAAUUGAAGCUUGAAGAUGAGUUUGAAUUAUGAGAGGAUGUAGCAUUUGGCAUCCUCCUAGUGAACAGUGCUCCCCCUUAUACAGGUCUUCUAGUUAUACCUCUGUGUAUCUUUUUUCUUCUCUUUUACUUGGAUUUUAUUUUUCGCCAUGGCUUAUAUAUACGCAAAUUAGAUUUUAAAUUCA